UGUUACAGGCUAUAUAAAGUAACUAGGUACACUAUAUAUAUCGAGGAAUCUCGUAUCGCAAUAGAGCUAUGAGAUGUGGCACCUGGUGUAAGUGGCUGUUUAUAGUUCUAUGUAGAACCCUGAUUAAACAUGCUAGGGCACUUUCUGGAGCGAAGAAGCAUUCUUUCGAUGGAGCCAUUCUGUCGCCACAAAGCGAAGACCUGGUAUCGCGGUUGAGUACUGCUACAAAUGGGUCCUGCAAGCUGUUUACAAGCAUCGGUGCUCGCAGUCCGAAACAGAGAAGGGAGCUUUGGAAUAGUUUUAAUUUGGACCACAAGCAGCCCUCUACUCUACACGGCCCAUUAAAACCCCGAUGCGACCUGUGGGAAGUCAAUGAGCCAGAGCAGUGUACGUUAGUAUUGGAUCUUGACAUAUGUUCGUUGUCCGAUGACCUGGAAGGCAAAUAUGAUAGGCGUAAGAUCCUGAAACUAUUACAGCGCUCAAAUGCGGUGCUAUUACAUGUAAACGCUGAAGAUAUUGAAUUCACCGCCAGUUCAUUUCGAUUGAAUCGUAAUUUCAGAAAUAUACUUAAAGAAUUAUUAAAUUUACAAGCCCGAGGUAAUUCACCAAAGGUAUACAUAUUUCUACCAUCGCUAAAAGAUGUUAAAAAGGAUCAUACCUCUAAGGACAUUGAAGCAUGGGAUCAUUUUAAAAAGUACCUAUUAGAACACACCAAAGGCACCACCCAAAUCGAGUUUAAAACCCAUCAAGAUGAGGCAGAGGUAUACAGGGUAAUAGCCAAAAUGGCUCCAAUAACUAAUACCAAAGAUGUGGCCAAGGCCAUUUCCAUGGCUGUUGAAUCGGCAAGUAAAAUUACAAACAGUACUGCAGUACGACUUCGUGAUGCCUGUUUCAAUUCACAUAGAAAGAUACUUAAGCACCGAUUGGCAAAUGUAUACCGUGGAACAAGGCAACCCGACUUUGGGGAAUACAUAGAAGCCUCUAUGUUGGAUGCAACCCUGGCCUUGUACCUCCGAACCAUGGAUCUAGAUGCCGAUGAAAUAAUUAAGGCACUACUAGACCAAGAGUAUAAGCAAGUGUCACUAUUCGCUGGUGACGCAUACCUACGCAUGGUUAUGAUAUCAGCAGGUGAAGCUAAAAGCAAAUUACGCAAGGAGUUGGGUGAUAAUCCAAAACAAGAUACAAACGCACUAAUGGAAUCCAUUUUGACGGAAUACGAUCAACAGUUAAGUGAGGCGUUCAAGUCACUGUCUAGUAAAUUGGAGCCACCUCAAUGGGUCAUGAAAACCGUAGAUGAAGUUCGUACACAAUUGAAGCAACAACUAGAGUCUAUAGUAGCAGUUCAUAAUGGACUGCCCAGUCCAGUAUACAGUAACCAAGAACGCAUGUUAGAAGAUAACCAUAUGAAAAACAAGAAAGAUAGAGGCAUAAGCAUGAUGCUAUUCAUCUCAUGUAUGCUUCGAGAGCAUGGAUACGGUAAUCGGCAGGGAUACAUCAAUUAUCAAUUGGGUCCCGUGAUAUUCACACUAGGUUACGCCAAUGAUCGAGAUGUUGCUGAAAACAAGCCGGGAACAGGUCUACUCACACCUGCUUUCAGAAUACAACCACGAAUCCACUUCAAUAUUAAGUUGUAGC